AACAAUUAGAUGUGAAAUGUGAGACAAAAACCAAGGACAAUGUAUUUGUCAAUGUGGUUGCAUCUAUACAGUACCGUGCCCUAGCUGAUAAGGCGGAUGAUGCUUUCUACAAACUGAGCAAUACAAGAGCUCAGAUCCAGGCUUAUGUUUUUGAUGUUAUUCGAGCUACUGUCCCCAAACUCAAUUUGGAUGAUGUUUUUGAGCAAAAGAAUGAAAUUGCAAGAGCAGUGGAGGAUGAACUGGAGAAGGCAAUGUCUGCAUAUGGUUAUGAGAUUGUUCAAACACUCAUUGUCGAUAUAGAACCAGAUAAGCAUGUUAAACACGCCAUGAAUGAGAUCAAUGCUGCUGCGAGAAUGAGGGUGGCAGCCACUGAUAAAGCAGAAGCAGAAAAAAUCAUACAGAUAAAGAGAGCUGAGGGUGAAGCUGAAUCUAAGUACCUGUCAGGAUUGGGUAUUGCUCGUCAGCGGCAGGCGAUUGUAGAUGGUCUAAGAGACAGUGUACUUGGCUUCUCUGAAAAUGUUCCUGGAACGAGUGCUAAAGAUGUCAUGGAUAUGGUUUUAAUCACCCAAUAUUUCGACACAAUGAAGGACAUUGGAGCUUCAUCUAAAUCUUCUACAGUCUUCCUUCCUCAUGGACCUGGUGCAGUUCGUGAUGUGGCUGCUCAAAUUCGUGAUGGGCUUCUCCAGGCACAACCUAUGCAACGAUGAUAGAUAUUACCUAUUGCCGGGAAGGUUUUCUGAUCACUAAUUUGUGCAUACUUUGUUCAUAUUGCUUAAAAUUACUUUGUUAAUCAUAGUAGUUUGUGGAAUGGAUAGUUAACAGUGUGUAAUUGUGUAUACGACCUGGUUACUUGCACAAGUUUAUGGGUUCGUUGGAACUACCGUGUUUUUUUGUGCUUAGAGAAACAACAUACAAGUAUAAAUAAUUAAUCAUUUAGCUUGAGCUUAA